AUAUCACUUUCUUUCUCCUUUCCCCUUAUAGAUAACACUUGUGAAACCUUAAAAGCUAUCAUACGUACAAACUUGAGAUUUUAUUGAGUAGUGAAACUGAAAAUAAUGGCAAUAAAAGAGAGAUCAUUGGAAGAGACACCAACAUGGGCUGUUGCUGUUGUUUGCUUCGUUCUUCUUUUCAUCUCCAUCAUGAUCGAAUAUUUCUUGCACUUUAUUGGUCACUGGUUUAAAAAGAAGCACAAGAAAGCUUUGUAUGAAGCUCUUGAAAAGGUUAAAGCAGAACUGAUGCUACUGGGAUUCAUAUCACUUCUACUUGUUGUAUUGCAAACACCAGUCUCCGAAAUUUGCAUCCCAAAAAGAGUUGCUGCGACUUGGCAUCCUUGUAGUCGCCAACAAGAGAUUGAUAAAUACGGUAAAGAUUAUAUCGACGAUGGUCGAAAAAUUCUUGAAGACUAUGACUCCAACGACUUUUACAGUCCUCGUCGAAGUUUAGCCACCAAGGGUUAUGACAAAUGCGCAGAAAAGGGGAAAGUAGCAUUAGUAUCUGCGUAUGGUAUCCACCAGCUACAUAUAUUCAUUUUUGUGCUCGCUGUUUUUCAUAUUCUCUACUGCAUUAUUACCUAUGCUUUGGGAAAGACCAAGAUGAAGAAAUGGAAAUCAUGGGAGAGAGAGACCAAAACAAUUGAAUACCAAUAUGCCAAUGAUCCAGAGAGGUUCAGAUUUGCAAGAGAUACAUCGUUUGGACGUAGACAUAUGAAUGUAUGGACCAAGUCUUCUUUUACCCUCUGGCUUACAUGUUUCUUCAGACAAUUCUUUGGAUCAGUGACAAAAGUAGAUUAUCUUACACUAAGACAUGGCUUUAUAACGGCGCAUUUGCCAGCAGGAAGUGCAGCUCGUUUCGAUUUCCAAAAAUACAUUCAAAGAUCUUUGGAAGAAGAUUUCAAGGUUGUUGUUGGUAUAAGCCCAGUGAUAUGGUGCAUUGCUGUCUUGUUCUUAUUGACUAAUACACAUGGAUGGGAUUCCUAUCUUUGGCUGCCUUUCCUACCUUUGCUUGUGAUAUUAAUAGUAGGAGCAAAACUUCAAAUGAUAAUAUCGAAAUUAGGAUUGAGGAUUCAAGAUAAAGGAGAUGUGGUUAAAGGAGCUCCUGUGGUUGAACCGGGCGAUGAUCUCUUUUGGUUUGGUCGUCCUCGUUUCAUUCUAUUCCUCAUUCACUUGGUUCUUUUCACGAAUGCAUUUCAACUGGCUUUCUUCGUUUGGAGCACUUACGAAUUCACGCUCAGAAACUGCUUUCACCACAAAACCGAAGAUAUUGCAAUUAGGAUCACCAUGGGGUUAUUAAUACAAGUUCUAUGCAGCUACAUCACUCUACCUCUCUAUGCUCUUGUUACUCAGAUGGGAACUUCAAUGAGGCCAACCAUAUUCAACGAUCGUGUAGCAAGUGCACUGAAAAAAUGGCACCAUACGGCCAAAAAACAGACGAAACAUGGACAAUCCGGGUCUAACACACCUCACUCAAGCCGCCCCGCCACGCCAACGCAUGGCAUGUCACCGGUGCAUCUCCUCCACAACUACCAUAACCGAGGCAUGGACCAUCAAACUAGUUUCACUGCCUCUCCUUCCCCUCCUAGGUUUUCUGAUUUUGGCGGCCACGGCCAAGGCCAUCAGCAUUUCUUUGAUCCUGAAUCUCAGAAUGUCUCUUACCACCGUGAGAUCACAGAUUCUGAUAACAGCAAUAGUCAUCAUCCCCAUGCUGACGUGGCAAGUCCUGUUAGAGAAGAGAGCGAUGCUAUUGAGCAUGUCAAGGUUGAUUUGCCAGAGUUUACUUUCAAGAAGUGAUAAGACUUCUAAAUUGGGUGUUUAUUCUUUGUAUAUAAACUUUGGGAGUGAACACUUCUCUUCUUUUUCUUUCCAUGUUUUUUUUUUAAUUUUUUAAUUUUGCUGUAAGCUCUAAGAUCAAAAC